UAUGAUUACCUAAAUUGAGAAGCGCAGUCUAUAUAGCCAAAGCGGCGGAUCCCGUCAUCCCUCGGUUGGAUGGGCUUUCGCUCGCCGACUUGCCAUGUUGACGCGGAGAACAGGAGACUGGCGAGGGGAGAAGGUCUUCUGCCUUCUGGCCCUACAUAUCAAGUUGGAUCAAACGGGGUACUGACCGCCUGAUGAGAAGGAUGCGGUAAUACGACAGCUUCGGUCUCACGCUGCUUCGGCUUUCCGGGUCGCGAUCCCGCAAAAGGGCCCGAGGUCGCAGCCGCAGCCAUGGACAUCGACUCACUCCCACCGAUCACACGUCUUUGGGGCGGCCUGGUCCUGGCAACUGCAAUCGCGGAGCAUGUCCAUCUCGUCUCGCGGUUCCAGCUAUGGUUCUCAUUUCGACUUGUCUUCCAAAAGCUGGAGCUUUGGCGGAUCUUCACAUCGUUUGUUUACUUUGGACCGUUCGGCAUCGACUUUCUCUUCCAUCUCUUCUUUUUUCUACGCUACAGUCGCAUGCUCGAAGAGAACAGCUAUGCAGGCAGAAGAGCCGACUUCGUCUGGCUAUUAAUUGUCUCGUCCGUCUUGCUGCUGUUGAUUAGCCCUCUCGUUGCCCAGCCUUUUCUCGGUGGACCGUUGGCUUUUGUGCUGGUGUACAUCUGGAGUAGAAGGAAUCGCCACAUUCGGAUCAGUCUCUUCGGCCUGCUCAAUACCACCGCUCCCUACUUACCAUGGUGCCUCGCCCUGAUUGGCUUCCUCAUCAAGGGACGACUUUCUGCCGUCGUAUACGAUCUGAUGGGCAUCGCCGUUGGCCAUCUAUACUACUUCCUUGCCGAUGUAUGGCCCAGAGAGUACAGCAGCGGUGCAUACAAUUUAAUGGCGACUCCUUCAUUCCUUGUUCGCUUAGUUGACGGAUAAGUCUGUGCCAAAUGUGUUAAAUGUGAUGGCACAUCCAGUCAUGGUAUACUUCAGCAAUGAAAGCAGAGACAUUGAUGAAUUACGAACGCCUCGCAAGGCGGU